AUGGAUAGAAAGGCCUUUCACUUUUUAGCUUCUUUAGCCACGAAUAUUGGAGGACUGACAGACAGUAACAAUAUGUCAACUACUAAAAAGCUAGCAAUGUUUUUAAAUAUAUCGGCUCAUUACGAGAAGAACAGUCCUAAUCCAGUGGCCGAAGAUGAGACUGAUGAUCGAUGGAAAUGGUUUAAGGGUUGUCUAGGUGCGUUGGAUGGUACUUACAUUCCCAUUAGAGUUCUAACUAUAUAUAAGCCAAGAUAUAGGACACGGAAAGGAGAUAUAACAACUAAUGUCUUGGGAGUUUCUGAUAGAAAUCUCAACUUUACUUAUGUCUUACCUGGUUGGGAGGGAUCAGCUGCUGAUGGUCGUGUAUUGCGAGAUGUUGUUGUACGAAGGAAUGGUUUGAAAGUACCCGAGGGAGGAUAUACAAAUGGAAAUGGUUUUCUGUCCCGCUAUCGAGGAUAUAGAUACUGGCUAAGGGAUUGGCAAGGUGACAAUCCAUCACCUCAAUGCCAAGAAGAGCUCUUUAAUAUGAAGCAUGCUAGGGCGCGCAAUGUUAUUAAAAGAGAAUUUGGUGUAGUGAAAGGACGUUGCGGAAUUCUUAAAAGUCCUUCGUGGUACUCGGUUAAGAUUCAUACUAGAAUCAUUAGUGCAUGUUGUUUGUUACACAAUUUCAUUCGAAGAGAGAUGGAAGUUGACCCGUUAGACAUGGAAACAGAAUUCAACAUGGAGCAUCAACAUGAACAUGAACAUGGAAAUAUUGAUACCGUUGAACCAUCUGAUGAGUGGACCACUUGGAGGGAUGAGCUAGCUCAGUCUAUGUGGAAUGAAAGAUCUGGCAAUUAA